AUGGAGAUAGAAGAAAUUGAGCUGUACAGACAAAUGAACUACAGCUACGACUUUAACGGGACCUUCAACGGGACCAUGGGCACUUGUCCCAUCGUCAAUCUUCCGUACGUAUCCAUCGUGACGCAGGUACUGUACGCCCUGGUCUGCAUUGUAGGCCUGCUCGGAAACACCCUCGUCAUAUACGUUGUCCUGCGCUACUCCAAGAUGCAGACCGUCACCAACAUGUACAUAGUAAACUUGGCCAUCGCGGACGAGUGCUUCCUCAUCGGGAUACCGUUCCUUAUUACGACCAUGUCCCUUAAUAAGUGGCCCUUUGGAGAUUACAUGUGCAAGACUUACAUGAUUUCGACCGGGAUCAAUCAGUUUACCAGUAGUAUAUUCCUGUGUAUAAUGAGUGCUGAUAGAUACAUUGCUGUAUGUCAUCCAAUUGCGGCCCCUCGGCUUAGAACACCGUGCGUGUCACGAAUCGUAUCGGCAGCCGCCUGGACAGCGUCCGCAGCAAUCAUGACGCCUAUAUUCAUGUACGCGAAAUUGGUUCGGAUUGGAAACAAACUAUCUUGCAAUAUCGUAUGGCCAGAACAAGACUUCAGCCAAGGCCAGAUUACAUUCACGUUGUAUUCGUUCGCUCUCGGUUUUGCUGCGCCCCUGACUCUUAUAUUCAUUUUCUACUGCCUCGUCAUUCGGAAAUUGAAGACAGUUGGCCCAAAGAACAAAUCGAAGGAAAAGAAGCGUUCUCAUAGGAAAGUGACGAAGUUGGUAUUAACUGUGAUUGCUGUAUACGUCUUGUGCUGGCUACCGUACUGGGCCUUCCAGAUGGCACUUAUCUACUCCCCUCCAUCGCAAUGUGUGAACCACAUAACGAUCACUGUUUUUCUUGUCGCCGCCUGCUUCAGCUACAGCAAUUCCGCAAUGAAUCCGAUCCUCUACGCGUUUCUGUCUGAUAAUUUCAAGAAGAGUUUUUUGAAAGCGUGCACUUGUGCCGCCGGAAAGGACGUGAACGCCACUCUGCACGUUGAGAACAGCGUUAUCCCGCGAAGAAGGGCACGAGCGCAGGCCAGGGCGGCGGAGGCGAGGGGUGGAUUUGCUGCGGCUGUCGGGGGCUCGCGUUCUGAAGCGUCUACAGCGAUGACGUCUCGCUCGAUGGCCGCCAGCGAGGUGCUGCCACUGGAAGCGCGUCCCCCGACCUUGACCCCCCUGAUAGCGCACAACGGCCUCUCGCACUCGCGACUCUGAGUGCGGGUCUCGCGCCGCCACCGCGAGCCGUGCGCACUCGUCGAAGAUGACACUAUCUUAGUAUCUAUUGAUUGAAGUAGACG